GACAUAGGAAGGCAAUUCAGCACAUGAUGCCUCGCAGCAGCACGGGAUCACGCGGUGCCUCGGGGGACCUUGCACCUUUGAAGAAGACCAUGUUGUUGUCCAACAACGCUACAGCGGUUGAGGAUGUUCGCAAGGUCACGUCGAAUCGCGAUGACGAUAACGUAUCUGUCUGCUCUCGAGCAAGUUCGAGAUCCAGCACAAGCUCUAGAGCUUCAUUGUCAUCGACGUCGUCGUCCAUGGUGUCUGCAUCAUGCAAGUCCACCUCCAGCGGAAGCAAAACGCGGGAAGGAACGUCGAUAGCAUCAUCGCGGAGCCGAUCUUCGUUGUCGACAGUUACGUCGAUUCAGGCGUUGGAGCUUCGAAAGCUCGAAAUUGAGGCUCAACUGAAGGAAGUCGAGUCCGCUCUGGAGCAAAAACAGACCAGCGGUUCCUCUCAGGUUCGCCGCCCCUUUGCCCUGUUGCCACGAUCCAGAUAGCCUACGCAAAGAGUGAGUAGAAACACCCGAGUCAUGGCAUUCAAUAGCCAGCUACAACAGGCAAUGAAACUUGGCACAGGGUUGCGUUGUUUGAUGUUUUAGAUCCGGUGAUAAACUCGAUUUUGUUCACGUUUGGGAAACAAAUACAAUCAGCCUUGGCCAUCGUGUUUGAGAUGGCCAUGGUUGUUGAGCCUA